AUGUCCUCCAGCCGCACCCAGAACCCACACGGACUCAAACCCAUUGGGCUGGACCAGAUAUGGGACGAUCUACGAGCCGGGAUCCAGCAGGUGUACACGCGACAGAGCAUGGCCAAGUCGCGCUACAUGGAGCUCUACACACAUGUCUAUAAUUACUGCACCAGUGUGCACCAGUCGAGCCAGGGCCGUGGCUCUGUGCCUCCCACCAAACCCUCCAAAAAGACCACGACUCCAGGAGGAGCGCAGUUCGUCGGCCUGGAGCUCUACAAGAGGCUCAAGGAGUUUCUGAAAAACUAUCUGACCAGUCUUCUCAAGGACGGAGAGGACUUGAUGGAUGAGUGUGUGUUGAAGUUCUACACGCAGCAGUGGGAGGACUACCGUUUCUCAAGUAAAGUGCUGAACGGGAUCUGUGCCUACCUCAACCGCCACUGGGUCCGACGGGAGUGUGACGAGGGCCGCAAGGGCAUCUACGAAAUCUACUCGCUCGCACUCGUCACCUGGAGAGAGUGUUUGUUCAGGCCUCUUAAUAAGCAGGUAACUAAUGCAGUUCUGAAGCUGAUCGAGCGCGAGAGAAAUGGAGAGACCAUCAACACGAGACUGAUCAGCGGCGUCGUCCAGUCCUACGUGGAACUGGGUCUGAACGAGGAGGACGCCUUCGCCAAAGGGCCCACGCUGUCGGUUUACAAAGAGUACUUCGAGUGCCAGUUCCUCACAGACACAGAGCGCUUCUACACUCGAGAGAGCACAGAGUUCCUCCAGCAGAACCCCGUCACGGAGUACAUGAAGAAGGCGGAGGCUCGUCUGUUGGAGGAGCAGCGGCGUGUUCAGGUCUAUCUCCACGAGUCGACUCAAGACGAACUGGCCCGAAAGUGUGAGCAGGUUCUGAUCGAGAAACACCUGGAGAUCUUUCACACAGAGUUUCAGAACUUGCUCGACGCCGACAAGAAUGAAGACUUGGGCCGCAUGUAUAAUCUGGUUUCUCGGAUUACGGACGGUUUGGGGGAACUGAAGAAACUCCUGGAGAGUCACAUCCACAACCAGGGCCUGGCCGCGAUCGAGAAGUGUGGAGAGGCUGCGCUCAAUGACCCCAAAGUGUACGUUCAGACGACGCUGGACGUUCAUAAGAAAUACAACGCGCUCGUGAUGUCGGCCUUCAACAACGACGCAGGCUUCGUGGCUGCACUAGACAAGGCUUGUGGCCGGUUCAUAAACAACAACGCGGUGACCAGGAUGGCGCAGUCUUCCAGUAAAUCUCCGGAGCUUUUGGCCCGAUACUGCGACUCACUGCUGAAGAAGAGCUCCAAGAACCCAGAGGAGGCGGAGCUGGAGGAUACGCUCAACCAAGUGAUGGUCGUGUUCAAAUACAUCGAGGACAAAGACGUUUUUCAGAAAUUUUACGCAAAGAUGUUGGCGAAGCGGCUGGUGCAUCAGAACAGCGCGAGUGACGACGCAGAGGCCAGCAUGAUCUCCAAACUCAAGCAAGCCUGUGGUUUCGAGUACACGUCCAAACUCCAGCGGAUGUUCCAGGACAUCGGCGUCAGCAAAGACCUCAACGAACAGUUUAAGAAGCACCUGACAAACUCGGAGCCGCUGGACUUGGACUUCAGUAUCCAGGUCCUGAGCUCCGGUUCCUGGCCUUUCCAACAGUCAUGCACUUUUGCUUUGCCCUCAGAGUUGGAACGCAGUUAUCAGCGGUUCACAGCGUUUUAUGCGAGUCGACACAGCGGCCGGAAGCUCACGUGGCUCUAUCAGCUGUCAAAAGGAGAACUCGUCACAAACUGCUUUAAAAACAGGUACACGCUGCAGGCCUCCACGUUCCAGAUGGCCAUUCUGCUGCAGUACAACACAGAGGACUCCUACACCGUCCAGCAGCUCACGGACAGCACGCAGAUCAAAACUGACAUGCUGGUUCAAGUUCUUCAGAUAUUAUUAAAGUCCAAGUUACUGGUUUUGGAAGACGAGAACGCAAACGUAGACGAGGUGGACUUCAAGCCGGACACCGUCAUAAAACUGUUUCUCGGAUACAAAAAUAAAAAGCUAAGAGUAAACAUCAAUGUCCCAAUGAAGACGGAGCAGAAACAGGAACAAGAAACGACCCACAAGAACAUCGAAGAGGACAGAAAGCUGCUCAUUCAGGCGGCCAUCGUUCGCAUCAUGAAGAUGAGGAAAGUCCUGAAGCACCAGCAGCUUUUGGCCGAAGUCUUGAACCAGCUGUCGUCACGAUUCAAGCCCAGAGUCCCAGUCAUCAAGAAAUGCAUCGACAUCCUGAUCGAGAAGGAGUAUUUGGAGCGAGUGGAUGGAGAAAAGGACACCUACAGCUACCUGGCCUGA